AUGUACUUUGAUGACAUUUCCGUCUGGUUAAGACCUUUGGAAGACUUCAAAGUAGGCAACCCUGUAAAUGAACUUUAUUUAAUUGCAAGAGGAAUUGGGAAGCUUGUAUAUGACCUGCUUAUUACUACCCUCACAAAGGAAACGAAAUUUUAUUAUACCCAUCCAGAAAAUACCUUUAAUACUACUGAAUACUCUUUUCAUAUACCAAGAGCAGACCUUGUAACAAUUGAAAACUAUAUCACCAGCUCACAAAAAUAUAUACCCACCUCAUUUCAAGGCAGUUUUGACAACAUAUUUGUCAAGAUCGAUGGUACUUGCACUAUGGCUAAGAAAGUGGCAACAUUUUACAACUUUGGUAGCAGAACUGCCAUUUUUUACAUAAUAAAAAUGACAGAUUUGACUCUGUAUAACGCGAUUAAAGGCAUAGUUGCCACUUUUUUUUAA